AGUAUUCCUUUCCGAAUAUGGUUUCUGUUUAUCUCUUCGUUCCGAACCUUAUCGGCUACACUAGAGUGGCCCUAAUGCUCAUCAGCUUCUAUGUGGCAUUCGAUAACUGGAAGGCGUUCGUUUUCUGCUACUUCUGGUCGCAGAUGUUGGACGCUUUCGAUGGUGCUGCUGCCAGACGGUUCAACGAGUGCAGCAUGUUCGGAGCUGUACUAGACAUGGUAACUGAUAGGAUUUCCUCCAACAUCCUGGCGCUCAUUCUGAGUCACUUCUACCCGGCUCUAUACCUUCCCCUGGUCAUGUUCGCCGUUGUCGAUUAUGCUUCUCAUUGGACUCAGAUGUACUCUAGCGUGCUCGCUAAGAAUGGUAGUCAUAAAUACAUUGCACCCAACAGGCCUUGGUUGUUGCAGAAAUACUACGGCAGCAGAGUGAUGCUCUUCUCGCUCUGCUUCGCUCAAGAGGCUGUAUUGGUAUUGAUGUAUCUGUACCACUUCGCUACUAUGCCUACUGCCGCAGCCCCGGUGUGGAUGCAGCAAGCGGUCUUCUAUGCUGCUGUAGCAUUCUUCCCCAUUGCGUUACUCAAGCAGGUCAUCAAUGUCAUCCAAUUGUUUGAUGCUGGUCACGAGAUUGUUAAGAUCGAUGAAGCCAAUCGUGGCGAGAAAGUUGAGUAGAAGGAGAGUACCAUCCUUCAGUUCAUAAUACCCUAUGUAUCAAUACACUCGCAGUGUUCUAUUCAGCUUUUCUC